AAGUUUUAAGACGUGAUCUGAAUCUUUCUGUGAAUGAAACUAUUUGAUAUGUUAAUCGCACCUUUGAUUGAUUUAAGAUGAAGAUAUUUGAAUGUACGUGUGUGGAAUUAGUUAUUUUCAUUUAAAGGGCGUUAUCAGUGACGCGAAAGCAUGCUAUAUAAGUGACUGUUUAUUGGACAAAAUCCCAGUUUCGUUCGUUGUUAUACAACUCCAUCUUGGGCACCAUCGUUAUUGGGAGAAAGAUUGCUCUUGAUCACUUAAUUUCUAAAUGAUCAUUUCCAAAAGAACCAAGAGAUUUCCAUAAAUUUUCACAAGUCCAUUGAACGGUGAUUUUUUUGUUUGAAUUCCAAUAUUUUAUGGUGGAAAGUAAAACCAUGAUGAAGGAAAAGCGACAAGAAGAUAAUAACUGGGUUACUGCUCCUUUAGAUCUAUUUGAGGGACUACGUGACACUCACGAUGAAGAAAACUGCCCACAGUGGGUCCCAACCUUGGUUGCCAAGGUUUGGUGAUUUAGACAAACAAAGCAGUAUGCCCUUAUUAACGACCGAAGAGUUGGAAAGGAAAGAAGUCCAAAACGACAAAGAUUCUACACCUGUUAAAAUGGGGUCUACCAGUGGCCAAGGUAAUGGUCACUUUAAUAAUGGGGUGACACCACAUGGACAUGGUACCCAUGAGAUCUUGACCAUGGAGGCUUUUCACCAGCAGCACCAACCCGAGUUUCCGACUUUUUCUGCUAAGACUGAGAUUAAGAAAAAAAUUGCCAAAAACUGUACAGGGUCCAAAGACUGUGUUUUGAAGGUACUCUUUACGCUGUUUCCAUUCUUGAAUGUCCUCCGAACCUAUAAGAUAAGGGAGUACCUUGUUGGAGAUAUCGUAUCUGGCUUGUCUGUCGGGGUUCUACACAUUGCCCAAGGAAUGGGAUUUGGACUGCUGGCCUCCUUGCAACCCAUCCAUGGACUGUAUUCUUCUUUCUUCCCAGUGCUACUGUAUUUCAUCUUUGGGACUUCGCGUCACAUUUCCUUCGGAACCAUGGCACUGACGGCAAUACUGGUGGCAGAGGUUGUGGACAGAGAGUAUCCGAAGUUCAUCGACCCCAUGACUCUGGAUAGUAACUUGUCUUUGAAUGCAACUGUAGAUGGAGGCACUAUGGACGAUGAAAUUUUGGAGGUCAAGGUUGGCAUUGCAAUGGCUUUGACCUUGCUCUGCGGGAUCAUACAGGUUGGCAUGGGGAUAUUUCGCCUGGGUUUUGUCACCACUUAUCUCUCAGACGCAUUUGUUGGUGGUUUCACCACUGGGGCUGCUUUCCACAUCACCACCAGCCAGGUUAAAACCAUGCUUGGGUUAAAGAUCAAAGGUUUCUCCGGCCCUUUCAUGUUGAUUUUGACCUAUGUUGAGGUUUUUAAGAAUAUUGCUAAAACUAACAUUCUUAGCCUAGUCAUAUCAGCUUUGUGCAUUAUAGUUAUCAUAUCUGUGAAGAUUUGCAUCAACCAGCGUUUUUCCCACAAACUGAAAGUUCCUAUUCCAAUUGACUUGAUUAUAAUGAUCAUUAUGACUCUAGUCAGUCAUUUUGCAAACUUGAAUGCUAAUUUUGGAGUGGCAGUGAUAGGGUCAGUACCACAGGGUUUUCCGCCUCCCAGAGUUCCACCCCUAGAGCAUGCUGGGAACUUUGCUGUUGAAAGUCUGGUUCUCGCAAUCGUUGGAUUUGCAAUUUCGAUUUCCAUGGCAAAAGUUUUCACAGUAAAGUACCACUACCAACUGGACAACAACCAGGAACUUUUGGCUUAUGGGUUGUCCAAUGGAAUUAGCUCUUUCUUCAGAUGUUUUGUUAGUGCUGUCGCUCCUCCACGCUGCAUGCUUCACGAUUCCACAGGUGGAAAAACGAUGGUGCAUAGCGUAGUAUCAGCCAUAUUGGUUUUCAUCGUUAUCAUGGCGAUCAGUCCUCUGUUGGUGUCGGUUCCAAAGUGCGUCCUAGCUUCUAUCAUUGUUGCAGCGAUGCAGAAAUUAUUAAUGCAGUUUGAACACUUACCAGCACUUUGGAGAGUCAGCGCCUGUGAUUUCUUCAUAUGGUUAGUCACAUGGCUGGCUGUUGUCGUCUUGGAUAUCAGCAUGGGUCUGGGCAUUGGUUUGGGAUUCUCGUUCAUCACAGUUGUUAUCAGGACCCAGUUUGCUAAAGGGUUCACUCUAACAAAAACAGAUGGUAUGGAUAAUUUUGUGAGCGCUCAGCAUUAUCCAGAGAUCAAAGACCUGUCCAGUUCCAGCAUUAAGAUAUUCCAGUUUCAGUCAGCACUUUAUUUUGCCAACGUGGAGCUUUUCAAAGACAAACUGUUCAAAUUGGUUGGCAAGCCAGAGGAGGAAAAGACUGAUGGUGAUGUAGAAAGAGAAAUGAAAGAAGUGAAUGGAAGUCCAGUGGCAAAUGGUAAAGAGGAUGAAGUGGAUGGAAAAGGAGAUGUUGAUUCUGCACAGAAGGAAGAUGGUAUUCUGACUUCAGUAUCAAGUUCUACUGAGAGUAUAAAUCAGUUUGUGUUGAUCAUUGAUUGUGCUCGCAUCGUCUUCAUUGAUUCUGCUGGUAUAAAGUGUUUACGUCUGCUUUACAAUGAGUAUAAAAGUUUGGGGAUUACAGUUUUUAUGGCAGGGUGCACUGAGGAAGUUUAUCUGACUCUGCAGAAUGGUAACUUUUUUGAUACUUUUCCUCCAAGUAAUGUUUUUAUGUCCUUGCAGGAUGCUUAUGAUAUGGCUCUGUCAGUGGAAACAGGAGAUAGGAGACAAGACCAAAAUGAUGCUCCCUGUCAAACUCGAAUGUAAUAGUCAAAUUGACUAUCUUGCAAAAUUGUCCUUUUUCUUCCUCUUUGUAAAAUUAUCAGCUUUAUUUGUAUUAUUAUUUUUUUUUUGAAGAGUUCUAAUUUUGUUGAUUAUAUGUGGUUUUCACUUAUUUGAGAAACUACAUUUUCAUGUUUUUCCCUUGAAGUUGCUCCCGUGGUCAGUUCAUUUCUGAAUUUGAUUCAAAGAAAAUUCAUAAAUUAUGCACAAAAACUAUAUAAAAAUCAUGACCAACAUUUGACAUAAAUGAUAUAUUCAUUUAUUAUCCAGGUUUUUUUUUUCUGUAAUUAAGUCACUUUAUAGGUAUAAGUACACAUGUAUUUUAUAAUAUUAUUUAUAUAUGGUUGGUUUGGGUACACGAACACAUUAAAACAUUUUCCAUUUAUUGCAUAGUUUUGGUUAUUAAAGAAUGCCAUAUGAACAUAAUUGUUUACAUAAAUCUGACCUGAGUCAAACAGUGUCUUUUGUUGGUAAAAUCAGUAAAUGGAAGUAAGGUCAUGAUCAGUCAUUUGUUGUGUAUGUAUUGGAAAUACAAAGAAGCAUUGGCUUGUUGUUUGCCUUCAAGUUUACAGUUUGAUAGAAGCUGAAAACUUAAUUGUUAAUCAAAACAGCAUCAUGGCAGUAGCUGUGGUUAAGUACUUAUUAAAACCUAUACACUAUAAACUAUCUCUUAUUUAAUUUUGAUUGAUGUAUUAUUGUUUAGUUAUGUUAUCUACAUUUUAAACGCAGUUGGAGCUUCACUGUUGAAUUAUAAACAGUUUCAUUUGCUAACUGCUCAGAAUGACUGAUGUUCACUUAAAAAUCACUUAAGACCCUAGGUUUAGGACCCAGCCUGGGUGUCAGACAAUUAAGCUCAUUACACUGAAUGCACUUUAACAAGAAUCCCCCACAGAGUUGGAUUGAUCCAGCUAGUAUGAUGGGUGUAUCUGAACACAGUCUUAGUCUAGUUAAAAACAGUUUCUGCUCAUCAUACAGUGUUGAACAUACCUUUUUUUAAAUCAUGAUUAUAUAUUUUAUCUAUAUGUAUAGCCAUACCUUUGGUUUGCGGUACUUGGUUGUUUAAUUUUUGCUAAUUAUUUUUCAAAUUUUAAAGUUUUUUUUUCCUUUCUCAUAUUUUUUCAGAUGAAGGGGACCAAUAACAUCUUCCACUUUAUUUUUGUGUGUUUAUAAGCAACACUUGUGAGAGAUCCAUUGUUAUAUUUAACUUUGGAUGAAAUAAGUUUCAUUCUUCCAAGAUUUAACUGCUUGUUAUGUUUUACUUAAUAAUAAUAUGGUAUAGAAUA